AUGAUUUCUGAGCAUUCAGGAAUUUACAAUUUUUCAUAUGGAGACAUAUGGGAUUUUCCCAUGGAUGGCGCUAUUUUGGCCUUGAUUUCCCACCCGGAAAAAUUUUUGGUUUGAACAAACCAUAUUGCACGGUCGAACCAAAAAAUUUUUCCAGUGGGAAAAUCAAGGCCAAAACAGCGCUAUCCACAGGAAAUUGCAAUAGACAAAAUUUGAAGUUAUAGAGGAAAUAAGGUAUCAUUUAAGUCUCCACAGAUCUCUCCUAUUCGAAAUCUAUAUAUUCCAGAAGUUGAUAAAGGGAAUUCAAAAUGAGGGAAAGAAAAAAUUCCAAAAGAAAGAAAAACCAGCGGACUUACUGAUAUAAAACUAAAAUCCAGCUGCUCUUUACCAUCAUUGAAGCAGAAUAAGAAGAUAAAAGUUGAGACUUCAAGAUGCGAUCACAUUGUGCAUGGAUUCAAGCCUCUGGAAAGAACUUUUCACAACCCAAUCUUAUCAUACUCUCAAAAAGAUAGCAUACCAACAUCUCCGAAAGGAAACAUAAAAAAUGAAAAAUCAACAAUGAAAGCUUCAAUUCUCACUCCGAAAAUACUUCCAAAGCUAAAAAGCCCAAAUCGGAAGAAACAAGCUUUGAUAGAGAAAAUCAAAGUAAAAGGCAUAUUUAGCGCCUUAUAA